AACAAAGCCACACGAAAACCCACCAUCAGGUUCAGGUCCAUCACCUCUUACAUUUUUUUUUCCAAAGUCUCUCAAUGGAUAGCUUGAGAGAUGUUAAGCCUAUCAAAUUCAUAUUUUCUAUUUUCUGUCUAAUUUUUAUAUUAUCCGCCUGUAAUUCAACGGCGGAGCUACCACGGUUCGUCCAACCACUAAAACCCGAUGGUACACUCAGUUUUCUCGUCGUCGGCGACUGGGGAAGAAGAGGUUCUUAUAACCAGUCCCAAGUAGCUCUUCAGAUGGGGAAAAUAGGGAAGGAUUUAAAUGUUGAUUUCCUCAUUUCGACUGGAGAUAACUUUUAUGAUGACGGAAUAAUCAGUCCAUAUGAUUCUCAAUUUCAAGAUUCGUUUACCAAUAUUUACACAGCAUCUAGCUUACAAAAACCAUGGUAUAAUGUAUUAGGAAAUCAUGAUUAUAGAGGUAAUGUCUAUGCGCAACUCAGCCCCAUUCUCAGGGAUUUGGACUGCCGAUGGAUUUGUUUAAGAUCUUAUGUUGUUGACGCCGAGAUUGUCGAUAUUUUCUUUGUGGACACAACACCGUUCGUAGAUAAAUAUUUUGAUGAACCAAAAGACCAUGUAUAUGAUUGGAGAGGCGUAUUACCAAGAAAUAAAUAUCUUAACAAUCUCUUAAUGGAUGUCGAUGUGGCAUUGCAAGAAUCAAUGGCUAAAUGGAAAAUAGUGGUAGGCCAUCACACGAUCAAAAGUGCAGGUCACCACGGCAUAACCAUAGAGCUUGAUAAACAACUUUUACCUAUCCUCGAGGCUAAUGAAGUGGAUCUCUAUAUAAACGGGCAUGAUCAUUGCUUAGAGCACAUAAGCAGCAUCAACAGUGGAAUACAAUUUAUGACAAGUGGCGGUGGAUCUAAGGCGUGGAAAGGAGAUAUGAAUGAUUGGAACCCACAAGAGAUGAGGUUUUACUAUGAUGGACAAGGAUUCAUGUCGGUUUACACAUCCGAAGCCGAACUACGCGUCGUUUUUUAUGAUGGUUUUGGUCGUAUUUUACAUCGAUGGAGCACUUGUAAGAAGGGGGUUUAUUCCGAUAUCUGAUCGAUGGUCAGACAAAAAAGAAGUUAAGAGUUAAAGACAAAACUAUUUCUAUUAGUAGUUCAUUGUUUAUUAUGUUGAUGUUUCAUGUGACUUAACAUUUUUUAAUGUUGUGUGAUUAUUUUCGAACUCUUAAAGUUUGAGAUUUGGUAUUUUAAUACAUGGAGACAUAUAGAACUCUCAUGAUUUGGUUUU